AAACACGCAUCCCGGAUACAUGCAGGGGGAAAUAAUCUAGCUCAGAAACUCAUGUGGCGAAACGAAAGUGCGCGAAAUGAUUUACUGAAUGGUUACCUAUGACUUUUUGUAAAUGGCGUUUACUUCAACGUUUGUUGGUUUGAUACUUUGCCACGGACUGCUUCACUGGUCCAACAGUGUCGAAUUAAUGAAGAGAAAUCAGACGGAGGGAGGACAGCGAUUUAUGUCUUUUCAGCAACAGUACGGUCGAAUUUACAGUAAUGAGGAGCUUUCUGAGGGACGAAUACAUUUCCAGAAUUCAAUUAAGAGACAUGCGCUUCUGAACUCAGUGCUAAAGAAAUCAAACAACUCUGCCAGGUAUGGAAUCAACCAGUUCUCUGAUUUAUCUCCAAAACAAUUCAAAGAGCGCUAUCUCACAGUCCAGGCUGAGGCAGCUCCAAAGUUUGACAUCAACAGACCUGGUAUCCAUGUUAAGACGAGUUAUCCACCAAGGUUUGACUGGAGGGACAGUGGAGUUGUUGGACCAGUCCAAAACCAGAAGGGGUGUGGAGGAUGCUGGGCCUUCAGUGUGGUGGGAGCCAUUGAAUCAGUAUCUGCCAAAGAAGGUGGAAAACUACAGCAACUCAGUGUACAGCAAGUAAUAGACUGUUCUUACAAUAACCAGGGCUGCAAUGGUGGAUCCCCUGAUGAAGCUCUGUACUGGCUCACACAGACCAAAUUGAAGUUGGUAAACCAGGCAGAGUAUCCCUACAAAGCUGUGGCUGGGAUCUGCCAGUACUUUCCUCAGUCUCAUGAUGGAGUGGUAGUGAAGAAUUACUCUGCUCAUGACUUCAGGACACAUGAAGAGGAGAUGAUGAGUAUACUCGUGGAACAUGGGCCUCUUGUUGUCAUUGUUGAUGCCAUAAGCUGGCAGGAUUACCUGGGUGGCAUCAUUCAACACCACUGCUCAAGCCACAAUGCCAACCAUGCUGUACUGAUCACAGGUUAUGAUACCACAGGGGAAGUGCCAUACUGGAUAGUACGCAAUUCAUGGGGAACCUCAUGGGGUGACAGUGGCUAUGUUUACAUUAAAAAAGGGGACAAUAUGUGUGGCAUUGCAGAGAAUGUUGCUGCUGUUUUUGUAUAAUUACUGUGUUGAUAAUCUUCAUACUUCAGAGAUCAGCAAGUGACAAAUCGAUAUUUUAAAAUAUCAGCAUCGGGACAGUAACCUGGCUUGAUUCUCCAGUGUACUGUAGCUGUUGAGAAUUCUAAAAAUUCUCAUGGGAAAUGUGGGUAACAAAUCCUGUUGCCUCUUGAAUGCAAAGCAAAAUAGGUCCACACUUGAGCUAAUUCCCCUAUUCCUAAUCCCAGCUACAACAGCCCAAAAUAAUCUCUGACUCUUCAUGUUAGUUAUGAAACACACCCUAACCACAUAAUUUUAUUAAGAAUGUUUUAACUUCUCGAGAAUAACAGAACACUUACUACGCAGUUAAAUCUUUGUAUUAGCAUGACAUUGCACUGACAUAUGACAUGCAAGUGAAUUCAUAAAAGAAAAUGUGAAAAAAGAUAUACAGCGGUGGCCAAAAAUAUUGGCACCCUUGUUAAAUAUGAGCAAAGUAGGCUGUGAAAAAAAAUAUGCAUUGUUUAUCCUUUUUAUCUUUCAUUCAAAAAAUUCAGAAAAAUCGAACCUUUAAUUGAAGUAAAACAAUUGAAAGAGGGGAAAUAGUUCAUUAUUAAAUAAAUAUUUUUCUCCAAAACACGUUGACCACAAUUAUUGGCACCCCUAGAAAUUCUUAUGAGUAAAAUAUAUCUGAAGUAUAUUCCCAUUCAUAUUUGACAUUUUUUUUAGUGCACCUGGUUGACUAGGAACAUGAAAUUGUUCAGCCAUGACUUCCUGUUUCUCAGGGGUAUAAAUAUGAGGUAACACACAGGCCAAAUUCCCUUACUCAUCAAUCACAGUGGGAAAGACCAAAGAAUAAAGUUAUGAUGUGCAGCAAAAGGUUGUUGAGCUUCACAAAAUGGGAAGUGGCUAUAAGAAAAUAGCCAAAGCAUUGAAAAUGACAUUUCCACCAUCAGGGCAAUAAUUAACAAGUUCCAAUCAACUGGAGAUCUUAAAAAUCAGCCUGGGAAAAAAGGUGUGUCUAUAUUUUUUUCACGCACAGUGAGGAGGAUGGUUCAAGUGGCCAAAUAAUCUCCAGGGAUCACAGCUGGAGAAUUGCAGAAAUUAAUUGGGUCUUGCGGUCAAAGUCUAAAAAAAAUAUAUAUAUAUAUAUCUCAGACAUCACCUAUAUCACCACAAGUUGUUUGGGAGGGUUUCAAGAAAAAAGCCUCUGCUCUCAUCCAACAACAAAUUCAAGCGUCUUCAGUUUGCCAGACACUACUGGAUCUUCAAAUGCUACUGGGUUCUAUGGUCAGAUGAAUGGUCUCAGAUCCCUUGCCAGGUGUUCUCCAACCUCAUUAGGCAUUAUAAGAGAAGACUCAGAACUGUUAUCUUGGCAAAGGGAGGUUGCAAAAAGUAUUGAAUAACAGGGUGCCAAUAAUUAUGGCCAAUGCGUUUUGGAGAAAAAAUGUAUUUAAUAAUGAGAUAUUUCCCCAGUUUCAAUUGUUUUGCUUCAUUUAAAGUUUAGUUUUUUGUGAUUUUUUUUUAAUGAAAGAUCAAAAGGAUAAUGCAGAUUUUUUUUUUCACAGCCUUCAUUGCUCAUAUUUACCAAGGGUGCCAAUAUUUUUGUCCACCACUGUAUUAUUAUAUGUGAAAACUAAUGUAAUAUAAAGGAAAGGCAAUAUGGUAUUAAUACAGGAUGUACCAGAUAUUCAGACUUUAUCUGCUUUUGUAAAUUUCUGUAACUACAAAGUUUACUUUUUAUUUUAUUUUUUACCUUUUUGGUAUUUAGUAUAUUUGUUGCAAGAAUUAUAUGCCAUUAAAUUGAGAGUAUAAAACCUAUUAUAUCCAAGAACAUAUUUUGACAGGAAACAGACUCUAAUUUUCUUUAAUAAACAAGAACUAUCUUUGUCUUUA